AUGGGCAGUGCCGGAUACUGCUUCCAGUUCUUGGAGAAGAGCAAGAUACGGGCUACGAGUGCUACUCGUUCGGUCCUGUCUGUUACCUUGAGUGGACAUGGCGACUUCGACAAAGUCAAGUUUGAGAAGGCACCAUUACCAGUGAGACUGAAGGCGGACCUUAUCGAAGUGGAGGUCUUUUACUGCGGCAUGAAUUUCACAGACAACUACUUGCGCCUGGGAAUCAUCAGAAGCACAGAUUUCCCAGUCAUUAUGGGUAGCGAAUGUACUGGGGUCGUGAGGCGUGUGGGAUGUGCAGUCACCAAUUAUGAGGUCGGACAGCCGGUGCUGUGCCUGCGGAUGCAGGGCGGCCUGUUCCGGCGGCUGGUGCACGUACGGCCGAGGAACUGCUUCCCGCUGCCGUCCACCGUCAGCCUCGUCAACGCCGCGGGUCUCGGCUUCAACUCCCUGCUGGCGUACCUCUGCCUCUUCUGGUCCGGCCGCCUCAGGGAGAAUCACACCCUGUUCAUGCAGUCCAUAGGAGGUGGGCACGAGGAACCUUAG